AUGGCUUCUUAUUUUGAUGAACAUAAUUGUGAACCAUUGGGAAUCGAUGAACAACCAGAUCAUUUACUUCAUUUAGCUCGUUUACUAUUGGAUAGUGGUCUUGGGGCUGAAUUUCAACUUGAAUUUGAACGUAUUUUUGGUGAUGUUGGUGGUCGAGAACAACCUCGAGCAUCCAAAUCUGUCAUUGAAAAUUUACGAUCAACAAAUGAAUUUAAUCGUGAUGAAAAAUGUUCUAUUUGUUUAAAAGAAUUUGAAAAAGAUUCAACAAAAGAAUUACCGUGUUAUCAUAAAUUUUGUGAGAAUUGUAUAAAACAAUGGCUUCAAUUAGUAAAUACGUGUCCAAUGUGUCGAAUUGAAUUACCAACAGAUGAUCAAGAUUAUGAAGAAUAUAAAAAACAAAAACGACGAACAAAAGAAAGAAAACUCGAUUUAGAUGAUUUACACAAUUCAAUGUUUUCAUAA